CCCCCUUCAUUCGCGCACUGACGCGCUGCUGUCCGAUCACACACACACACUUCAAAAGAUCAGACGACGCACAGGACGAUCACGGUCCCUCUCAACAAACCCCCCUGGAUAACUUCAUUCGGACUUCGGUUACUCUACUUGACAAAAUAUCGUCUGCUCCUCUGUGACCGACGCACAUCCUCCUUCCUUCACUGAGAGUACAAUUGUUGCCGUGUGUGUGUUGGUUGCUAGAUCUUGGAUGAAGGAGCGGAGCCCAUGCGGACUGCUGCCAUCUGACCCACUCUUAUCAAUGAAGCAGGAGAUCAUGGCGGAGGGUCCCCGGUGUAAGAGGAGAAAACAGGCCAACCCGAGGAGAAAGAACGUGCUGAACUAUGAACACGUGGGGGAAGCUGGGUCAGGGUCCGAUGAGGAGGACAGACUGCUGGGUUCUGAGGGUGAAGGCAGUCCAGCAGGAGUGCCCAGUCUGGAGGCCUCACCUCGGGUAGCCCAUGCCCUGCUCUCCUGCCGGGGGGAUGAAGAGAAUGAAAGCCAGGAUGGGGCCGGGGCCCACGUCUGGCGCCACGGAGACCUGAAUGGAUCAGAAGAGAGAAAAUCUGAGUACAAUUCCAUGAGUCCUGACAUCUCUCUCCCUGGAAUUGGAAAUGGUACAGUUAAGGGUAUUGAUGCCACUUCAGAGCUGGAAAGCUUCUUUGCCAAGAGGAAACUAGACGACGGUGAGGGACACGCAGGGAGUAUUGCGGACUACCUGCAGGACACUGUUAUCAUUUACCCAGAGGACCCAGAGGAGAACACGCGACUGGGCACACCAGAGGCCAAUGGACAAGAUGAAAAUGAAAAUGAUCUGGCACUGAGGACGCCAGAUGCCUUUGCCCAACUGUUGACCUGCCCCUACUGUGACCGGGGCUACAAGCGUCUGACCUCCCUAAGGGAGCACAUCAAGUAUAGACAUGAGAAAAACGACGAGAGCGUCCCCUGUCCCCUGUGCAGCGACACCUUUGCCUACCGCACCCAGCUUGAGCGCCAUAUGGCCACACACAAGCCCGCUAGAGAUCAGCCUCAACUGCUAAAUGAGGGGGCCGGGAACCGCAAGUUCAAAUGCACAGAGUGUGGCAAGGCCUUCAAAUACAAGCACCAUUUAAAGGAGCACCUUCGCAUUCACAGCGGUGAGAAGCCCUACGAGUGCUCCAACUGUAAGAAGCGCUUCUCCCACUCCGGCUCUUACAGUUCCCACAUAAGUAGCAAGAAGUGCAUUGGCCUCAUCUCUAUUAACGGACGGGUACGCCAAGGAGUCAACACUAAGUCAGGCUCAUCACCAAACUCAGCUGCGUCCUCACCAGGCAGUCCUGCCUUAGCUCAGCUCCGUCACAAACUGGAGAAUGGCAGGUCCAUGAGCCUUCCAUCUGACCCAUCUGUCCACCCAGACAUUAAGUCUGAGCCCAUGGACUUCAAUGAGUACCGUCUUAUGAUUGCAUCGCAGCAAGAUUAUGGUGGGACAGGAGCUUUUCUCAAUGGUGGCGGACGUGGAGGGAGUCCUCCUGGGAUACACGGUUCAGCUCAGAAUCCCCUGCAACACCUGGGUAUCGGGUUGGAUUCCCAUCCGUUGGCUUAUCCAGGGUUUAAUAACAACAUAAGUGAAGUUCAGAAGGUUCUUCAGAUUGUGGACAACACAGUUUGGAGACAGAGGAUAGAUGGCAAUCCCGAAGAGAUCUCUAAACUCAGAGCAUACAUGAAGGAAUUAGGCUCGCAGAUGGAGGAGCAGAAGCUGGCAUUGGCUUCCCAGGAAGGCUUCGUUGGCGUUGGUCACAACAGUCCCACCAAGACCAUCAUUGACUACACACUGGAAAAGGUCAACGAAGCCAAAGCGUGUCUGCAGAGUUUAACAGAAGAUUCAAAGAGACGGGUUCUGGAUGUCAAGAAAGAAAGACCCAGCCAUGGCCUGGAUCUUGGAUCUGAAGACAAAAUACAGGAAAGGGAUGCGCAGUACGCUCUGUUUUCGUGUCAGUACUGCAAGGAGACGUUUUCUGGCCCUAUUCCAGUGCAUCAGCACGAGCGCUAUCUCUGCAAGAUGAACGAGGAGAUCAAGGCCGUCCUUAAACCUAACGAUACUGUACCAACCGGCCGAAAGGGGGUUUUCGGCUCAGAAACUGGCAUGAUAUCCUCAUCCCUUUCUGACAGGAACACCACCAGCCCGGUCAACCCCUACAAGGAUCACAUGUCAGUACUAAAAGCUUACUUUGCCAUGAACACUGAGCCCAACUCAGAGGAACUGAGGAAGAUCUCCAUAGCAGUGGGUCUGCCUCAGGAGUUUGUGAAGGAUUGGUUUGUGCAAUGGAAAGCUCAAUCUCACUUGACUAAGAAACGAUCUCCCCCUCCUGAGCGAAACUGCGGAGAGGUCAACCACGGCUUGGUCAGAGAGUCAGCAUUUGCCCGCUCACCUGUUUCGAUGGGCCAGUACAGCGACUCAUCAGCAGAGAUUCAAGCCAUCACUAAUGGGGAUUCAGGGCACAAGCUGUCCAAGUUUACAAGCAUCAGACAGACCAAUGAAAAGCCACUUGACUCUGUGGACCACUUGAGAGGUGAGACACCCUCGCCUUUGAAUCUUACAUCGUCAUCAUCCAAACACUCCCAUAGCAGUUCAUACACCCCUAAUAGCCUCGCCUCUGAGGACGCCCAUGGGGAACCGCUGGACUUGUCUUUGCCUAAACAAGUUUCCAAGGCAGAACGGAGGUCCAAACCCAAUGGUUUUUCUAUUGAUCACAGUAGCGACACCUCUGUACGUGAACAGGGAACAGAGCCUUUAAACUUGGCACACAUCAAGAAGGAGUUCAAUGGACCCAACAGCCUGGGCAAUGAAAGUCAGCUUGAUAAAAGCUCAAGCCCCAUCUUUAGUAUAAACCCCUUCGGUGGAGGGCACAUGUACACUUCGCUUCCACCUCACGGUGCUUUCCCUCCUCCUACGUUCAUGUCUCCAGCUCAGGCCACCAUCCCGGGACUCAGGCCUUAUCCAGGGUUGGAUCCCAUGAGCUUUUUGCCACAUAUGGCUUAUACUUAUGCAGCAGGGGCAGCCACCUUUGCUGAGAUGCAACAACGGCGGAAAUACCAGAGGAAAUCAGGCUUCCAGGGGGAGCUACUGGACAGCGCAGGGGACUAUAUGUCAGGGCUAGAAGACCUGACAGACAGUGAGUCGCUGCUCGCCCGGAAGAAGAUUAAGAAGACAGAAAGUGGUAUGUACGCGUGUGACUUGUGCGACAAAACAUUCCAGAAGACCAGUUCCCUCCUAAGACACAAAUAUGAGCACACAGGAAAGCGGCCUCACCAGUGCCAGAUUUGUAAGAAGGCCUUCAAACACAAGCACCACCUCAUCGAGCACUCACGCCUACACUCGGGCGAGAAACCCUACCAGUGCGACAAAUGUGGCAAGCGCUUUUCUCACUCCGGCUCCUACUCGCAGCACAUGAACCAUCGGUAUUCCUACUGCAAACGGGAGGCAGAGGAGCGCGAGGCAGCCAAACAAGAUAGCCAUGACAACGGAGGACCCCUGGAGCCCACGGAGCUCCUCAUGCGUCGAGCAUACCUUCAAGGCCUGGGGCCCUUGGGGUUUUCCGAUCCGGAGGACCAGGCCGAGGACAUUACACAAGAAAACACCAUCUUGAGAGAUGGAACUGAGGGUGGGGCCAGACAGGCAGAGGAGGCGUAUCCGGAAGUGACGGACAGUCAAGAGACAGGGUUGGCGGAGGAGGAAGAAAUGGAAGCGGAGGAGCAGAGAUUUGACACUCCUGAUGGGAUAGCAAAGGACGAGAAAGUGCUAGAAAUGACAGGAGGGACAGAGGACGAGAGUUCGGAAGAGGGGAAAUUGGCGAGGAAAAAAAAUCCUGGCGGCGAGAAUGAGGAUGCUGAUUAACUACUGCGUUUUGGAUUAAGCUUCCUGCAUUCUUUGCUUUCAUUUUUUUAUCAAGCUUGUAUUGCGCCCUUCUUCCGCCCUUUGGAGGGACUUUGAGCCAGAUUCACAUUUGUACCACACUGCCACGUCAUGGUUAUCUGAGCGUGUGCCUGAGGCUUGCACUCAUCAAUGUUAAGAGUCGAACUCUAAAAACAGGCAUCAAAAACUGGGAAAAAUCCAUAUUAUGCAAAAAAUAUCGUCAGAAUAAAACAAGAAAGGUUUUCAAAAUGUACCGAGUUUUCAGCCAGAAAGCUGUGCGGUGCUGAUUUCCGUAUAACUCCUGUGUUUCAUUGUGGUUGUAGCACAAGCCUGGGAAUUGCACUCUGAGAAAGUAUGACAAAAACAGAAAAAGAAAAAAACACAAAAUAAAACAUACAAAAAACUUAUUGGGUUAAAAAAAGAUAUUUGCCUAUAUGUACUUACUAUACUGCGCUUGAAGAUGCAGUAGCGUGUCAGUGUUAUAUUUCGUCUAUCACUUACUGUGAUACCAUUGGUUUUACCUUUCUUUUCCUGACCAGCCACAUGAUGUUUGGGGUCUCAUCCUUGGCUUUUUAAUGAGGCGACUUUAACUAAAGGAAACCUGUUGUGAUUCUUAAACAUACAAAGUCUUAAAGUUGGCCAGGGGCGGAUGGAAAGAGUCUGAGAAACUGUAAUGACGCCGGCUCAUUGUAUGAGACCGCGUCAGAACCCCUGUGUUUUUUCGUUCGAGAAAAGCCUUAUAUGCAAACCCUUUCACCUGUGUUUUCUGCAAGUGCCAUCCUUGUACAGUAUAAUGCGAAGUCAACUAGUGUUCUCUUUGCACCUGCUUUAGUAUUAAAAUAAAUAUUUCACCUUGUCGUUUGAAAUACCUACGUCAGUAUUAUUAUAUCUAGACUACAGUUGUUUAGUUUACAUAUUGUUUGUGCAAUUUUCUGUAUUUUUUUAAGGUCAUCUGUCAGUAUUACCUUGGUUUGUUUUGUUUUGUUCAAUACAAAAUUCAUUUUUAUUUUAAACUACCAUUUUAUUUAUGUGACUCAUUUUAUAUUUCCUAAUUAUAUUUAUUUCAUACUGUAGUGUACAGUAUUAUAGUUCCUUGAUAUAGAUAUAUUUUAGUAAUUAAGGAUCCUUACAAGUGGAGCAAAUUUUACGUAAAGAGAGCAUUUAUUGUAUCUGGAGCGAUUGCUGUGAAUUGCUCUUCAUACUACACUUACCUGAUGAAGGAGAAUCUACAAUUUGGGAACUUUUGAUACAAUAUUGUGAAAACACUGUAUUUUUGUCUGAAAGGAAAAAAAUUCCACUUUAUUCAUCUUAUUUGUUUUUCCUUUUUUCCCUUUUUUAGCUAAAGAAAUAAAUGGGGGGGCUGUGGUUGUUGGGAUUUUUGAAAUGUCUGUUGAAGUAUAAUUUAAUUUGUAAUUUCUCUUGAAAAUGAAUUUGCUCAAAUAAAUGUAGCCCAAUUUAAUUUUGAAAGCCUGUGUAACAUGUCUACGGAAAAUGUUUACUGAUAUUACUCACAAACUGACAAAUCUCUGUUUGACGCAUUUGAUAUUCUUUAGUUAUUUAUUUCAAGUAUCUAGUUUGCUAGUUUUCAAGUUUGCUAUUCA